UAAAAAUAGUAGUGAUAAAACCAAACACUCUCUCAAAUCCAAUGCCAUCAGUUCAGCUUUAAAUAGCAAAUUUUUCUAUGUAUUGAUUGAGAGUUGAGACCAUUUUCUUCAUCACUGCUCUGCUCUGCUCUGGCAGUCUUUGUUGUCUUGAAACCCUAACUAUAACUGCAAAAUACCCAAAAUUCCGAUAGCUGAUAAGCUGAUUCAUGGAGCAUCCAUGGCGUCUCAGACCUCCAACUGGUACUCUUUGCCCUGUCUGCUCAAAUGCUCACUUCCCAAUCUGUCCUCCCCCUCUUCCACAAUACUUGAGGCCUCCACCACCACCUCCGGAUCAAUUCUUCCACACUCCCCUACCGCCAUCGCAGCCUCCGCCGCCGCUGCCACCGCCGCCAUCUCUGCCGCCACAACCAUCAUAUGAUCCGUUCGUCGAUCACCAAGCAGCGCCCGCGAUUAACCCUUAUCAACCGCCACCUUCAGCCCAGAUUCCGCAUCCGCCGUGGAAUGGAAACCCUAAUUUUAGUAAAGAUUAUUAUGGGGAUUCAAAUCAUGGAUUGAAUUAUGAUAGUAAUGGUCAGAUUGGUGUGAAGAGAAUGCGAGUCGACACAUUAGCCGAGGAUGAGAGGAGAUUGAAAUUGAUACGCGAUCACGGAGCCGCAAGUCACUGUAUAGAUAGGAGCUACGGCGGAGGAUACAGGUUUUUGAAUAAUUCUUACGAGGCGAGCAAUAUGGUUGACAAGAGAGCAAAUUUUGGAGAUCGUUUCCAGGGGAUUGAUGGUGGUUAUCAUCAACAAAUUAAUUCACACAUUAAUCAAAAUUAUGGAGAACGCCAAUUUGCGUCUCAGCAUAUUGAAAAUAACAAUAAUGUGGAGGUGGGGAGAUCGGCUUAUAAUCAUAGUGAGAGUAACUUGGUGCAGAAUCAGGGGUAUGGAAACAGUGUUCAUGCUGAUGGGUACAGGAAAUUCGAACAGCCUGGUGUGAGUCAUGAAACUCUGGCUUACGAAAAUUCUCAUUAUCAACAACAGAGAAGAAUUUUUUCUACAGAAAGCCUGGAUUUUUCACAGUCGCAUGCAACACAACAACACAUAAUCGAGCUUAAAUCGGUCCCUUAUGGUUUACCUCAUCUAAGUGAGAACAUGCCUGCGGUGCGUGAUUCCCAGGGGUUUAAGGGGCAGCCUCCACUCCCCACAUCACCACCGCCACCACUUCCUGUUGAACCACCAAGGUUUCGUUUCUCUGAGUCCAUUGUUUCAUCUUCUGCAUCUGGACCAAGCUCCUUGUUUCCAAUUGCUGUUGAUUCUGCAUCCUCUUUCCAGUCCCCGUAUACCAAGGUGUCUCAAGCCAUGACAUCUGGAUCUACUCACUACUCAAGUAAAGAGAAUUCAAAUUCAAGUGGUUAUUACCAAGGGGAAAUUCAAGCUGUUAAGAUAGCUUCAUCCAAGACAUUUAAGGGAGAAAGUGAAGAGUUCCCUCCUAGGCAUCUUUCGUUAGAUAAGCCAAAAGUUAUUGAUGCCUCUCACAUUUUAAAGCACCCACAUCGUGCUAAUCGCCCAGAUCACAUUGUCAUAAUUCUACGAGGACUUCCAGGGAGUGGUAAGAGCUACUUGGCAAAAAUUUUGCGUGACCUUGAGGUUGAAAAUGGUGGCACUGCACCUCGGAUUCAUUCCAUGGAUGAAUAUUUCAUGACUGAGGUUGAAAAGGUUGAGCAGAGUGAUGGUUCAAGAUCUUGUGGUUCAGUUAGAGGGAAAAGACCUGCUAUGAAGAAGGUCAUGGAAUACUGUUAUGAACCUGAGAUGGAGGAGGCUUACCGGUCAAGCAUGUUGAAGGCAUUUAAAAAGACCCUUGAUGAAGGGGCCUUCCCCUUUGUAAUUGUGGAUGACCGCAAUCUGCGGGUAGCUGAUUUUGCUCAGUUUUGGGCAACUGCAAAGAGGUCAGGGUAUGAAGUUUAUUUACUAGAAGCUACAUACAAGGACCCAGCGGGCUGUGCUGCAAGGAAUGUUCAUGGUUUCACUCAGACUGACAUAGACAAGAUGGCGAAUGAAUGGGAGGAAGCCCCUGCCCUGUAUCUGAAGCUGGAUGUCAAGUCGUUGCUCCAUGGAGAUGAUUUGGAGGAAAAUGGGAUUCAAGAGGUUGACAUGGAUACAGAAGAUGGCAACCAUAAUGGUCAUCCCUCUGGUCUUGAAGAUACAAAUAUUGAUAAGGUUACAAGGCCUCCCGAAGGUGAUAUUGCCAUUGAUGGUCAACUAAAAGAUGAGCAAAAAGGGGAUGCUGUGGAAGAGCAUCCAGUGGAGGUGGUGAAAGAAUUGGGAAAGAGAAAGUGGUCAAACGAUUUGGACGAGGAUGAUGUCCGCAAGACUGAAGCAACAGGUGGAAAUUCAGGUGCCCUCUCUGGCUUAAUUAAAUCGUACAGCAACAAAGGUAAAUCUGUCCGUUGGGCUGAUAAGAUUGGCAACAUUGGCUUCUCAAUAGGUGCUGGAAAAGCAGCAAAUAUAUCUUUAAUCAUUGGUCCUGGUUCUGGAUACAACUUGAGGUCAAAUCCCCUACCUGAAGAGGAGAAACUCACCCAAAGAAAUGGGGAAUCGAGAAGGCGAAACAUAUUCCAAGAACAGUUACGUGCUGAGCGUGAGGCUUUCAGAGCUGCUUUCGACAAGAGGAGACACCGAAUUAGUGGGCUUGAUGUGGAUGACGAAUAGGAUAAAGAUUGUAUCUUGUGUGUUAUAUUAUUUUUGCUCUUGGAAAUUUUGCUUUCCUGUUGUAGAUUGUAGUUAAGCGGUCUGGGGUUGUGGCUAAUCAUUCUCUGCCCCCUGCUUCUUGCAAUUUUGCGUACGUAAAAGCGACGUUAGAGCAUAGGCGUGUCUAUUUAAAGUCACGAAUAAACAUGUUCUGAUGAAAAACACUCUCAAGAUCCUUAUUCAUCCA